ACCCAGUCUUCUCAAAAGUGCGCGAACUUCUAUUCCGGGAAGAAAACGUCGAAAUUCCAAAUAAACACACUUAAUUUUCGGAAGUUCUAAAUUGUUGAAUUUUACAAGCAUUUUCAAAGUGUUAUGUGGUAAAAGAGAACUGUUAUAAAUAUGUGGAACCAGAGACCUCCGGCGUAUAAUCAAGCUUAUGGGGUAAGUAAAAAAUGUCAAACAUACGACGCUUGAGAAUGUCAGUUCAGAUUUUCUAGAAUAGAAUAGAAUGUUGCUAAUUAUUAACGUAAUCAAUAUCUUUGUAUGAUAAUAUUUUAAUCCUAUUGAACAAAUACUGUAUUUAAACAUGCUGACCUUGUCAACCGACUCAGAGAAAUCAGAAUAAAAAAAUGUAAACAUAAACAAUGUAAGCAAUUGUGAGCCAUUUUAAUAUAAGUCUUCUUUUGUAUGUAUAGAGUGCUCCGGGGCACCACCAAGCAUAUGGCCAUGCCCCGCCCCAUCACGGCCAUGCCCCACCCCAUCAUGGCCAUGCCCCACCACCACAUUCUAAUCCAUACCAACAACAUCCUUAUGGCCAUCCUGGUGGACACCAACAGUACACUUACCCCGCCUAUAACCCGUCAAUGCGACAGCAAGCAGGGCCACCCCCUGGCAUUGACAUGGCUUUAUGGCAAUGGUUUCAGGUAAGCUAGUGAUAUAAAUGUCUUUGGUGACAUUUCUGCCCCAAGGCCACAUUCUAAUUCUGCAAUUGCUGAAAUUAGUUAAGUCACACUCCAUAUUGGAGGCUUUUUGUAGAUGGAAAUUUUCAAGGUUAGUGUCACAAUGGGUCAUGCGAGAAUAUAUCCAUACUUCCCCCACAGAGGAAAUUUGCCCCCGUACCUGUUUCGGAUGUCCUAAUACCCUAGCCUGCGAACAGGCUCUCAAGCUGAAUUGAGAGCCUGCAUCGAUGACUAAUGAAUUUGAAUAUCUGCCCCGUAACGUUCGUUUUUCCAAAUAUGGAAUGUCUAUCCUUAUAUGGUGUUGUUUACAACUUUCGUGCAAACUAAAUUUAGACCGUGCAAACUAAAUUUAGACCGUACAGUUUAUACUGUUUUUCGAAAUAUAAGAUAUUCAAGCAAAAGUUUAAUACUGUUUUCUCAAAACAGAACAUUUCGUGCUUUGAGAUAAGAUGGCCAAGACCAAUUUGAUCAGUUAAUGUGUUUUUUAUGCAUAGUGCAUCAGCAGUUGACAUACAUAGAGCUCAGCGGAAACAUAUAAAUUAUAGCAUCUGACCAAUGAGAAUUUUGCGUCACGAUUUGAGACGCAGAUAUUCAAAUUCAUUAGUCAUCGAUGCAGGCUCUCAAUUCAGCUUGAGAGCCUGUUUGCAGGCUACUAAUACCCUUACUAUUGUCAGAAACAAAUUUUUCUCCUCUCCCCCUCCUGACAGCAGAAAUCCCUUCGGGGGCAGGGUGGAUCUUUUCUGGGACAACCCAUUACAAAAACACCUAUUAACUGAUAGAGCUAACCAGUAUAAAUAAAGUGAAUACUUAAAAUUUCCUCUUGUACUAUCACUGGAUCAAUAAGGGAUGCCAAAUUCUAUAGCAAUUUCAUUAAAUUGUUUCACUUUAGGCUGUGGAUCAAGACAAUUCAGGAGGUAUAUCUGCAGAUGAACUCCAGAGAGCAUUGCUUAAUGGCAACUGGUCGCAAUUCAAUGCAGAAACGUGUCGUCUUAUGAUUGGCAUGUUUGAUAAAGACAGGUGGGUCUGGCCAACAGAAACAAACUGUCCAAAUACUCGUAAAUUAAGCACGGUCACCAUUGGAAGAGCCUUGUGCCACUAGUAUAGUAGAAAAUUUCAAUUUUCCCAAUAUCUUUUUGCAAUAUUUACCCACCAGAAUUAAUAGGGGCCUCUUUUCUACAACAUUUUCGUUUCAAACUUUCUGUGGUUUCCUGUUCUGUGGCCAAAUUUUUUAUUGAUCUAAUCCCAGCUCUGAGUUAUGUUUCAUAUUGCCAAAAGUUUCUCAGGCAAAAAGUUUCCCCUGGUAGCCUGGUUCCCUGUCACAAGCUACACAGUCCCUAACCUGCUUGCUUUGCUCACAAGACUAACUGCAAAUUAUUUUUUUAUUACUGCACAAAAAGUAAAUAUACAGUGUACAUGACAAAUAGUUUAAAAAAUUAAUCUUCAGAUCGGGAACUAUUGAUAUUCACGAAUUUGCUGCACUGUGGAAGUAUAUUCAAGAAUGGAAAAAUUGUUUUGACAGGUUAGUAAAUAUUUUUCAAAUAAAUACUAACUAUUUAGUAAUGUACCAGUGUACAAGUAAAUACACGAUGCAUGCAGCCAGUCAACAAUACGAGUUUUACAAUGUAAAAACAUUUCUUGAUUUUCUAAAAAAGGUUUGAUACAGAUCGUUCAGGAACAAUCGAUGCUCAAGAACUCAAUGUUGCUUUUUCUUCUUUUGGCUAUCGUUUGUAAGUAACUUUUGACGACUUUCUGUCUGUUGUUAUCAAGAAAUUGUCUAGAAACUUGGCCAUAUUUGUCUUUGUUUUUUAUGUUCCUUUAUGAGUUCAUACAGUAUUGAUUUUGAGUAGCAACCAAUGCAUGUGUCUUGCAUAUGUGAAUAAGAUUAAAAAUACAUGUUGUCAAUUCUUAGGUCGCCACAGUUCACAGACUUAUGUGUGAGAAAAUUUGAUCGUACAGUCACAAGAAGCAUGAAAUUUGACGACUUUAUUCAAUGUUGCGUCAUGUUGAAGACACUGACUGAUGCUUUCAGAAAACACGAUACUUCCCAAACUGGUGUGGUUCAAAUCAACUAUGAACAAGUAGGUUUUAUACAAACAUGUGUUUGCUACCCUGGUUUAAUGAUCUAUUAGCAGUGGCGGAAAUCUUGGUGGGGUCCCCCCACCUUCACAGAAUAUUGCCGAAUUUUCAGAAAUUUUGACCUAAAAGAGGGCUAAAAACAGUCUUUUCGAGUGCAAAGGGGGGGGGGGAUACGUCGGAAAUUUGAAAGUUUUGUCGGAAAUUUAGGAGGCCUUGCCACCCCCACCAGAAAAAGUGAAUUACCGCCACUGUCUAUUAGUGUAGCAUUUGCUUGUCAGUGGUUUGCACCAAUCUGACAAAUUUCUUAUCAUUGCUAUGACUUUUUGACAAACUUGCUUCGCUCGAAACAUUGAAGUUCUCCUUGUAUUUUUCAGGUAGUUUUAUCCCUAUCAAUCUGAAGCUUUCUUGUAAAAUAUAUGUUGAUUUUUACAUGCAUACCCAAAGAAUCAAUUUGUCAUAUUGCUAAUCAACAUCUUAUGUUGCCAGUUUUUAGAAAUGGUUCUGAACCACACACUCACUGGAUUGUGAAUAUUUCAAGUGAAAACAUGUGAUCUUAUGAUCUACAUUGAUGAUUUUAACCUAGUUGUAAAAAGACACAAUAUAGUUGUUUAUAGUUAGGUAUUAGUUUCCAAACAUAAACUAAUGGACAUUGGGAAUAAUAGGUCUGGCUUGUAUUAUAUGAACUAUGUUGAGCCUUACCCACACAUAUAAUCCUAACAUUCUUAUUUUGUCUAAUCAAAAACAAUUCAUUAAAAUAAAAUCUUUUCUCUUCAAUUUGUAUCACAGAAGAGGCACAGCCAUGGCAUGUAACAAAAAUACAAUAAAUAUUUUAUUACAGUUUAGUCUUGUGUUUUUUGUUGCCUUAGCCUGGUUUACACAGUUUCACACAGUAGGAAUUUUGCAUGGGCAAAUUCUGAGUUUCGAAGGAUUGUAAGAAAUGUUUGAGGAAACUGACUCAAUGUUAAGUCAGUUUCCUUAAACAAUUGUUACAAAUCCUUCAAAACUUUACCUAUGCAAAACUUUGAUAGUGUAAAACCAGCCUUCAGUUUGGGAAUAAGUUGAGUGCCCAUACUACUUUGCACUAUAGGGAUGACUUUGAUUUUGUCACACAUCUUUACAAAAUAUCUAACAUCAACCCCCUUCAGUGUGAAGUUGAAAUGAGUGGUAUAAACCUGUACAACUCAAUAUCUCACAUUUGAUUGAAACAAUGUAGGGUUUACAACAAACCUUGAGUUGAGGUAAACCGUUGUUAAGUGUUAUAUAGAUACUCAUUUUCUCACUCUGAUAACAAGCUUCUUCAAUCAGGUGGUGCUUAGCGAUCUGCGUCUACUGCAUAGUUUACACGAAACCUUGCUAAACCCAGAAAAUACACAAGAUGAAUAAGCCAUAGGUAGAGAUUUGACAGAUGUUUAGUUAGUCAUCAUUUUCUCCUGCAUACGUCAAGUCUUGCUAAACCCAGGAGAUAUCAACAUUCCACUCAAUGAAUUGAGGGAUGUCAUUGGUAGAAACUGGACAGAGGUUUUGCUAUUUUCUCCUGCAUACGUCAAGUCUUGCUAAACCCAGGAGAUAUCGACAUUGCACUGAAUGAAAUGAGGGAUCUCAUAGGUAGAGACUUGACAGAUGUUUAGAUAUUUUCUUCUGCAUAUGUCAAGUCUUGGUAAACCCAGGAGAUAUCGACAUUCCACUCAAUGAAUUGAGUGACGUCAUAGGUAGAGAUUCUGGAGUCUUGCCAAGAUCCAGGUAAUCAUCAUUUUCUUCAUCCUGUAUUCCAGAAGAUCAAAUCAUGUUUUAAGUUGUU